AUGGUAGGUUAGUGGUAAGCGAAGAUGAUUCUUAAUUUUGCAAUUUCGAUGAUCUAGAUAGGUUAUUACCAUUCUUUCUAUAUUCUAUUUGAAACAUCAUCGCAAAAAUAUUUAAAGUAUAUAUAAAGACAAAUAAGGUUAUCUAAAUUUUUAAUAAAAUGGAAUUUCCAACACUUGGAGAGCACUGCCAAAACGAAGAUUGUAAACAAAAAGACUUUUUGCCUCUACAAUGCAAAUGCGGCAAAGUGUUUUGUCGAGAACAUUUUGGUGAUCAUUGCACUUCUGGAUUCUGUGAAAUGACACCAAAAUCAAAAGAUAUAUGUCUAAAAAGUGACGAUAAGAUAUUUCGAUGCUCGGAGGAAGGCUGUAAGAAAGGAAACUUACACGAACUUUUGUGCAGCAAGUGCAAUAAGCAUUAUUGCAUUGAACAUAGAUUUCAUCUAUCUUGUCCUGAAAUAGACGAUGAAACAAUGGCUAGAAAAAUAGAACAAUAUGAAGCACCUAGACGACAAUUUCAUGAAGCUAAUAAACAUUUGCAGCAGAAGAUAACAGAAAACAUACGAAAGGCUCUGCAAUCAUCAACAAAAGUGAAGACUGCAUCUAAAAUUCAUCUUAUGAGGAUUAAACAAAAGGCCCUAGGUCCAAAAUCUAUACCCGCUUCAGAUAGAGUUUAUUUUGCUAUAAGGAAACCAAUAAACAUGGAGCCAAAACCUGUUAGAAUUAUAACAGAUGAAGAAAAUGUGGUACAAAUUGAAUCUGUGACUUUAGACCCUGAUUUAAAAGACACAGUCCCAAUAUUUAUUAGUUCUAAGUGGAGUCUUGGUAGAGUAUUAGACAGUAUAUGUGAUACAUGUAAUUUAAAAAAUGAUAACAACAAGUUUGGAGAUGCAAAACUUAGGCUUUUUAGACAACUGGACGGAUACUGUGUUAGUCCGUCAAAAAUGGAUGUAGAAAUGGCUGAUUUAAUAAAGAACGAAAUUUUAUUAGAAGGUGAUAAAUUAGUUGUGGAGUAUAUUAGCAAUGAUGUAUUAAGUAAGUUAGAUGAAUAUUCUCAAUUGUUUUUGUUAAUUCAAUAAUAAAUAAUAGGCACAGAUUAGAAAAAACGAUCAGUAAAAAUUGUAACCUCAAAAAAAUCACUUAAUACAAUCAAAAAAUUCCAUGUAUUUUUUCUUAUAAAAUCGUUAUGUACCCCACGGUAACAAGUAUUAAGAGCUUCGCUGCGUCGCAGCGCAUUUGUAAAUAGGAUAAUAAUGUUGUGCUGGGGGUCAUUGUAGAAGCGUGCUCGUCGCGACCCCUGCUAGCCCUUUUCAGGGCUGCAAUUCUACUAGCUGCGCACCCAUGGCAACGAGGAUUAGGGCGUCCCCCCAAGGCGACGCACACCAGCUCGUCCCCGUUGGUGUGGAAUGCAGCGUGCAAAGCGGCGAUGGGGACCGCCACCCGUCACGCACAGCCCGACACGGCGGAAGGUGGAGGACAGAGUGCAGAGUUGGCACGUGGAAUGUUAGAGGAGGCAUGAGAGAUAAGACGAAUGAGUUGAUCGAAAUAAUGAAAGAAAGAGAAUUAGAUGUCGUGUGUAUGUCGGAGACCAAACGGAAGGGCAGUGGUACUGAAGAGCUCCCUGGCGGGGCGUUAGCUCUAUGGUCCGGAGUCCCGGAGAGCGAGAACGCCUGCCAGGGAGUGGGGGUGCUGCUGUCUUCUCGGUUGGUCGAUGUUAUGACUGAAUAUAAGGUUGUGAACUCAAGACUUCUCUGGGUUCGCUUUAAAUUGGGACUGACGAAGUUAUUCCUUUUGGCUGUUUAUGCGCCGGUAGCUUCGUCGUCCAGGGCUGAGCUGGAGGAGUUUUGGGAGAAUGUAAGAGAAGUUCUAGAUUUGGCUAGGGGAAACGAAAGAAUUGUUGUAUGUGGUGAUUUGAAUGGAUGGGUUGGUACCGCUCGACCAGGGUACGAGUCGGUACUUGGAAAGUUUGGCGAUAAAAGGGUUAAUGAUGCUGGCAAGCUUAUACUGGCGGUGUGCAAGGAAAAGGGUCUUCUUGUGACAAACACUAUGUUUAAUCACAAGAAAAUCCAUAUGUAUACUAGAGAACGAAAGAAUGAGAGAAGUAUGAUUGAUUUGUUCCUGGUGGAUGACCGACUGCGAAAACAGGUGAUGGAUACGCGAAUGUUCAGGGGUGCUGACCUGGGAACGGAUCACUAUCUAGUGAUUACUAGAUUUAGGGGUCUGUUCGCGGGUUGGCGCUACCGGACGGCAGUAACAGAACCACAGUCGGUCUGUCGCAUCCGAAGCUGGAAGCUUCAGGAAGCGGAUAGUAGGGACAAAUAUCAUGCGAGGGUAGCCGAAAAGCUUGACACCAUCGAUGGCAGAAAAGAAUGUGUAGAAAGAACUUGGCAGAACCUUAGGGAUGGAAUGGUAAGUGCAGCGGAAGAAGUGUGUGGAACAAUAAAAAGAGGCAGUAGUAAAAGAAGAGAUGCAUGGUGGAAUGAUGAAGUGAAAGAAGCUGUAAAGAAGAAGAAGAAAGCAUGGUUAGACUACUUGGCCUCUAGUAAUGAUAAGGAUAUGAGAGAGAAGAUGAAAGAAAGAUAUAGGCUGCAGAAAGUUCACACGAAAGCACUGAUUGAGGAAGUGCGUGAAAGGUGUAGAAUGGAAGCGGACGAAAGGUUGUCGCACAACUUCAAGGAGAAAUCCAAACUCUUCUGGAAAGAGGUUGGAAGGACCCGAAGUGGUGCGACGGCCUUAAGAAUGAAUAAAGUGCUUUCGAGAACUAAUGACGUCCUCUCAGAAAAAUCGGACGUCAUGCAGCGAUGGAGCGAAUUUUAUAGAGAAAUGUAUGCGUGUGAUGAUCUUAGUGAGGGAUCCGGGGAUGACGCCGUGACUGGUACGCCAGACCCGGACCUCGAUGACACUGAGGUCAUCAGUAUGAAAGAGAUUGAACGUGCGAUUCGAAGUUUGAAAUGUGGUAAGGCUGCGGGACUAGACAGAGUUACUGCUGAAAUGGUCAAGUAUGGUGGGCCUCGCGUCUGGGACAGCUUUCAUCUGCUGUGCAAUUUGUGCUGGCGGACGGGGGAUGUCCCGGAUGAUUGGCGAUCCGCAGUCAUUGUGCCUUUAUAUAAAGGUAAAGGUUCACAUUUUGACUGCGGGUGCUAUCGGGCGAUCAGCUUGACCAGUUUAGCAAGUAAAGUUUACUCGAAGGUUUUGACACGUAGGAUGCAAGAGAAAUCGGAAAGAUUUCUAUGGGAGGCACAAUGCGGAUUUAGACCUGGAAGAGGAUGCACGGAUCAAAUGUUUUCUCUCCGCAUGAUCACGGAGAAGCUUCUGGCUGCUAACCAGAAGAUUUUCUGUGCUUUUGUGGAUCUUGAGAAAGCAUUUGAUAAGGUUGUAAGGAAGAAAAUGUGGGAACUGUUGCCGGGGUAUGGUGUGGAUGGUCGAUUGCUAAGGGCUGUGCAGUCUCUUUACUGUGACUGUAAAGCCUGUGUGCGGGUAGGGCAUGACCUGCCACCCAUGUUUAACGUCCAAACGGGCGUAAAGCAGGGUUGUGUCAUGUCUUCCUGGCUGUUCAUACUGUAUCUCGACAGCUGUUUACAGAAGCUGAAAGAUAGUUGUUUGGGUGUGAAAUUGGGUGACAUUAAAGUAAAUUGUCUGCUGUAUGCUGAUGAUGCAGUGCUUAUUGCACCAUCAGAGGCAGAACUGCAGGCAUUAGUCACGUGUAUG